AUGCCGCUCCCCGAGCCGGGCGCCGAGCUCGCCGGACGCGUGGCCGUCGUCACGGGGGCGAGUCGAGGGAUCGGACGCGCGGUCGCCCUCGCGCUCGCGCGAGCGGGCGCGCGCGUCGUGUGCGCGGCGAAGAGCGGUGGGGCAACGUCGACGUCAUCGCUUCCGGGUGACGUCCACGGCGUCGCGCGCGAGUGCGGGAACGGCUCGAUCGGGGUGGUGACGAACGUCUUGGACGAGCGAUCGAUGAUCGCGUGCGUGGAGACGGCGGUGCGGACGUUUGGACGAGUGGACAUCUUGGUGAACAACGCGAGCGCGCUGUGGUGGCAAGACAUCGAGGAUACGCCGACGAAGAAGUACGAUUUAAUCAACGGUGUGAACUCGCGAGGAAGCUUCAUCAUGACGCGAGAGUGCAUGCGGGUGAUGAAGAAGGGGGGGUACGGACGGGUGAUCAAUAUGGGACCGCCGAUUCCUGACGCGAGUCGGUUUCGAGAGUACGAGACCAAGACGGCGUACUACAUCUCAAAGUGCGGAAUGACCAUGGUCGCGCUGGGGGCCGCGGCAGAGGGGCGGAAGCACGGGAUCACUGGGAACUCGCUCUGGCCGGCGACGAUCGUGGAGAGCUUGGCGAGCGAGAACUUUCAGCUCGGCGAGCGCGAUAACUGGCGCAAGGCGGAUAUCUUAGCCGACUGCGUGGUACAACUAUGUCUGGAUGGGAACACCACCGGUCAAAUGCUCAUCGACGACGAGUAUUUACGCACUCGCGGGGCGGUGGACGAAGACUUUGUGAAGUAUCGGUGUAAUCCCGACGUUGAGCCUCCUAGACUUCUCGCGCCGGGAUCUUCCGUUGCUGGUUGGGACGUACGACGAGGCGACGUAAAGGCGCUCGCGAAGGACAAAGCACGCAGCAAAUUGUAA